AUGUCCAGCAGUGACAGUGAAAGUGGCAGCGACCCGUGGUGCCAGUCGGGCACACAAAGUGCGGCUGACACUGCGCCCGACAGUACGCAGCGGACUGCAGCAGUAGCAACAGCAGCGGCACGUGCGAAGCCGGCACCCGCCAGUGUGCAGCGGUGCUGCUUUGUCUUCGACACCAGCAGCCUGCUGGAGACGGACAUAUUAAGGCGCUUGCAGGUAGAAGCGCAGCGGCACCUGCUGAUUCUACCAACCAAAGUUUAUGAAGAACUCAAGUCGAAAUCUAAUCAAGAGGGCGAUGAAAAGGCGCGGCGUAUUCUUGAUCUGAUCAACCAGGAGAAUCAGAAGCAACAGAACAACAAUAGCCGUGGUCGGAGAAGGGGUGAUGGCGACAGUGAUGGUAGGCCAGAGGUUGGUCUGCGCCUUCAGAAGUCGAAGGAGAAGUGGAGAGACGUGAUCAAGGCAUCCCGCAACAACGACGAUCAUAUAUUGGCGUGCGCCUGUUACUUCUCUCAUCUUCUAGAAAAAACCCCAACGUAUCUCGUCACAGAAGAUAUUGUGUUAGCUCUAAAAGCCCACGCUGAGGGGGUGCUGGUAGAGAAAACAAUAAGGUGA